CAUACCAAUCAAUUUAUAUAUAAAUCAUUGUUUUUUUUAGGUAUGUGAGUUUGGCCUUUGUCCCCCACUCUCUAGAGCUGAACAAUAAAUAAUUGAAAAAGAUAGUUUGGCAGUGUCAGGUUCACCACAAGCAUAUUCUCUAUCACUACCAGAUUUUUGAUGUAAAUUUUUAUAGCAGCAAAAAGAAUUGGGGAUUUCUUUUAUGUAACCUUGUUGUCUUCAUGGUGAGCACUUACUCAACCAUUAGCUUCUGUCAAGUUUAAUACUUCCCUUAUAUGGCAAAUCUUGAAAAAUAUGUAAUACCCUUUUCAUUUUCUAGAUUAUUAGAUAAAUUAUAUUGGUUCUAGUUUGAUGUUUAGAAUUGAAAAUUAGGAAACUUUCUUGAAAUUCUGUUUGUAAUUUCAAGAAUCUUUUCUUUGAUAACCUGUUUGGGUCCGCUUUCAUGCACCUCGAUUAAAUAUAUGGGAUACGUGUCACCUCUCACCAGUAACAGAUAUGGAUAUAUGGUUUAAAACCCCAAAUAAUCUUGAGUUUUUGCAACCCUUUUAUGGAUUUUCUGUUAAAGGUAGCACCUUUAGCUCUGUAAAGACUCAGAAGUUUGGUUUUAGGAAUUUUUGUGGAAAUUGGGGAAGAGGGGUUUGUGUUAGACCCUUGUGGUAUGGCUGUUCCCCGGACCCUGUGUAUAGUGGGAGCUUUAGUACAUCGGGUUUCCCUUUAGGGGUUUGUGUUAAAGGUGGCACCUUUAACUCUGAAAAGCCUCAGAAGUUUGGUUUUAGGGAAGUUGGUGGAAAUUGGGGAAGAGGGGUUUGUGUUAAAGCUAGUAGUAGUACACUUUUGGACCUUGUACCUGAGACAAAGAAGGAAAAUCUUGAUUUUGAGCUUCCUAUGUAUGAUCCUUCGAAAGGGGUCGUUGUAGAUUUAGCUGUGGUUGGCGGUGGACCUGCAGGGCUUGCUGUUGCACAGCAGGUUUCGGAGGCUGGACUAUCGGUUUGCUCAAUUGAUCCAUCGCCGAAAUUGAUAUGGCCUAAUAACUAUGGUGUUUGGGUGGAUGAAUUUGAGGCCAUGGAUUUGUUGGAUUGCCUUGAUGCCACUUGGUCGGGUGCUGUUGUUUAUGUCGAUGAUGAUAGAACUAAGAAUCUUGAUAGACCUUAUGGAAGGGUUAAUAGGAAACAGCUGAAGUCGAAAAUGAUGCAGAAAUGCAUACUAAAUGGUGUUAAAUUCCACCAAGCGAAGGUUAUUAAGGCGAUUCACGAGGAAGCUAAAUCGAUGCUGAUUUGCAGUGAUGGUGUGACUAUUCAGGCAAAAGUGGUUCUUGAUGCAACUGGCUUCUCUAGAUGUCUUGUUCAGUAUGAUAAGCCAUAUAAUCCUGGGUAUCAAGUAGCUUAUGGCAUAUUGGCGGAAGUGGAGGAACACCCCUUCGAUACAAGUAAGAUGCUUUUCAUGGAUUGGCGAGAUUCCCAUCUUAAUAAUAGUAUAGAGCUGAAGGAGAGAAAUAGAAAAGUUCCAACUUUUCUAUAUGCCAUGCCAUUUUCAUCUAACAGAAUAUUCCUUGAAGAAACAUCUCUUGUAGCUCGUCCUGGAUUACGUAUGGAUGAUAUUCAGGAACGAAUGGUGGCUCGUUUGAAUCACUUGGGUAUAAAAGUUAAGAGCAUUGAAGAGGAUGAGCGUUGUGUAAUUCCGAUGGGAGGCCCCCUUCCUGUAAUACCUCAGAGAGUUGUUGGAAUUGGUGGUACAGCUGGUAUGGUUCAUCCUUCAACGGGUUAUAUGGUAGCAAGGACCCUCGCUGCAGCUCCUGUCGUUGCUGAUGCAAUAAUUCAGUACCUUGGUUCCGAGAAAAACCAUCUAGGUGAUGAGUUAUCGACAUCUGUUUGGAAAGAUUUGUGGCCCAUAGAAAGGAGACGUCAAAGAGAAUUCUUUUGCUUUGGUAUGGAUAUUCUUCUGAAGCUUGAUUUAUCCGCUACAAGAAGGUUUUUCGAUGGCUUUUUUGAUCUAGAACCCCGUUAUUGGCAUGGCUUCUUGUCAUCUCGGCUGUUUCUUCCUGAACUCAUGUUUUUCGGGCUGUCCCUUUUCUCUCAUGCUUCAAAUACUUCUCGAAUAGAGAUAAUGACAAAGGGAACUCUUCCUCUGGUAACUAUGAUAAACAACUUGUUACGGGAUGCUGAAUGACUUAUCAGGGAUCUUGUUCAAUUGUACAUCACAUAUAAUUGCCAUAGUAACUAUUGUGUUUGCCAUUUUUCUUUUAUCCUCUUUUCUUCCCCUUUCACCGAGCUCGUAGUGACUUAACCAAGGGAGACACUGCUAAAAUGUCUGCUGAUGAGAACACUGGUUUAGCUAGAGCAGCAAGGACCGUGAUGUAAGAGUUCCCGCAGGCAGAAUGUUUAGCGAUCUCUAAAAUUACCAGAGAUAUGGAAUGAAGUGACGCGGAACUUUUUCUUUUCGUUGUGUCUCUGUAUGAAGACAAGCCUGUAUGUUCAUGUUUAUAUACAUAAGUGACUUGCAAGUUUGUGAAAGUUUAGUGUAAUUGCAGUUCUAGCAUGAGUUGAAUGUACUGAAACAUCCAAAGGAUGGAUAAAAAUAUAUAUAUAUAUAUAUAUAUAUAUAACUUCUUUAAGA